GUCACAUACUACGUGAACCAAGAUGGCGGCUCCCUGUGUUAGGUCGUGUGUUGUGAAACAGCUUCCUAUUCUCACAGUGACAGUUUGUUAGCUUCGUCCGGAUAUUUAAUUAUAGUUAUUCAUCAAAACUACAGAGGUGACAUUGUUUAAGAACACGUCGGAGCGUUAGCCUCGGUUCAAACUGGUGAAACCGAGUGAAGAUGGCAGCAAGCACCUGAAUGACACUUCAGUCAACUGUCUCCAAAUAGAAAGAGUAUUUAGACAAAAUGCUUUUCAACGUGUGGUCGCGUCUGUGCUGCAGGACGGUGUCGAGCCGAGGACAGAGGACGCUGAGUCUGUUCUCCAGCUCCGGAACCUCCAACUGGAGCAAAGUGGUGUCCGAGGCAGAGAAGAUCGUGGGGUACCCCACCUCCUUCAUGAGCCUCCGCUGCCUGCUCAGCGAUGAACUCAGUAACGUGGCCAUGCACGUCAGGAAGCUGGUGGGGACCCAGCACCCGUUACUCAGCACCGCCAGAGGUUUUGUCUAUGACAACAGGAACAACCUUCAGAUGAGGGGCGUUAUCGUCCUGCUCAUUUCCAAAGCAGCAGGGCCAAGCCAUGCAGCGUCCGAUCUCCUGGCUCAGGACAUGGUCAGCGGCAUUUAUCCCAGACCUACAAAUUUCACCAGGAUAAAGACAAUGAAAAGCCAGAGGAACCUGGCGGAAAUCACAGAGUUGAUCCACACGGCGUUCCUGGUGCAUCGUGGGAUAGUCAACCUGAAGGAGUGGACGGUUUCAGACGGCCCGCUAAAGGACAUGCAGUUUGGAAAUAAGAUGGCCGUCCUGAGCGGUGACUUCCUGCUGGCGAACGCUUGUACAGGACUGGCCCAGCUGGAUAACACUAAGGUUGUUGAACUGAUCUCAAGUGCCAUUGGGGAUUUAGUUCAAGGAAUCUACAAUGAGAAUUCCAAUAAUACCGAGGAGAACGGUCUCACCGACGGCGUCGACGUGGCGACUUGGGAGGAUCAGACGUUCCUGUCCCACGGGGCGCUGCUCGCCAAGAGCUGUCAAGCUGCGAUGGAGCUCGCCAAACACGACAAGGAGUCCCAAAGGCUGGCCUACAAGUACGGCAAGCACUUAUCACUAGGCCACAAGCUGAACUCUGACCUGCAGCCGUUUGUGAAGAGCAGCGUGGGAGAACUGCUGUCGUUCAGCUUGAGCGCCGCCCCGGUAGUUUUCCACCGUCAGAUCGUCGGCCAGGAGAGGUGGCAUCAGCAGCUGCAGCAGGCUAAAACGCUAAGAAACCAGCUGGAUUAUUCAAAGCUUUUGGCAGCGAUUAAAUCGGAGAAAGGCAUGAGCUCGGCGGUGGACUUAUGCCGUUACCAUGGCAACAAGGCUCUGGAGGCCAUCCAGGCUUUUCCCUCCUCCGAGGCUAGAUCCGCCUUGGAAAACAUUGCCUCCGCCGUCACCAAAUUUUGACCCGGACACUGUCUCACACACACACACACACACACACACACACAUGCCAACACACACAGCUGUUUCUAUGUGCAGCCUGAGAUCUGCAGAGGCAUCAGGACAACACUGAAGAGACAUGAGAACUUCCUUUGAGCCAGGUGCUGGCUCAUGUCUGGACGAACUGCUCUGCUCGUUUGUGAUUGACAUAACGGUCAUAGAUUGAAAAAAAAAAGGAAUAAACACACAUGACGUCAGCAUCAGGUCUUGUAUUCAGUCUCGGGUACAUACCCGUCAUCUCCUGCUUGGAGGAAAAUGUCACGCCGAGCUGCAUUUUAAAACCUGGCAGUUAAUUGUUACCUUGCUUAUCAGCGAAGCCACAUACCAGGCAGAACGCAGUUAAAGAUGUUGUGAGGAAUUGUUAUUGUCAUCUGGAAAAUGUACCAUGAACGGCAAAUUAUGCACCAGGCAGCACUUAUCCUAACAAAUGUUAUUUAUUUUUUGAACUGGUUCCCUGUGCUUGUAGCGGCACAUCUCAGAUGAUGCUGAAAUCAUAGCUGCUGGUUGUACUUGUGUUUGCCAAAUCAAAAAGUGGCUGUAGCUGAAAGAAAUGUCUCAAAGUCAUGUUCUACCUAGUAUGUGCCUCUGUUGAUAAGCACAGCUGCAUAUAAAAUAUUUUAAUGGAGUUUGGCAUGAUUCUGUCUCUACAGAGGGAAUCAGGAGUAAUGUCAUCUAUGUUGCCUUCUCAUGUCUGUCCCCAUGUCUGUGUGUGUGUGUGAUCCAAGUCGACCCAGGGGCGGGGAAAGGUCACACAGCCUCUCCCCUUGGCCCCGGCCAGCGAGCGCAUUGAAGCUCCGCCAAGCAGUAAUUAUUAAUGAAGAGACCUGAGCAAAUGGACAGGAAAUGCAGAGGUAUUGAUUGGGCCGGCUGCCCUGCUCUAAGCCGUACAGGCUGGCGCCAGCCUGGUGGCCUGUGGUUUCCCAGGCUGCUGUCUGCGGAGGGGGGGGGGGCAGCCAAGGUGUGAAACCAGGCCACCACUGGCAGCUGUCUGUCACAUCGUGGCCACACCUGAAGGACAGAGCACAGGAGACAGGACAGGGAAGAAAAGACUGAGGGUCUUUGAAGCUCCAGAGAACAGCAGCACAUGUUGGUAUACCACAUUAAAGCCUCAUCUCUUUAAAGCCUUUCACUCGCAAGAAGAAGUCUGUUGCUAGAAAUGGUUAAAUAUUUAACUUAGAAAAAGAGCAAUGCCUCAAAAUGACGACCACCCUGUCAGUAAUGUCAUAAAAGAGAAUUAUGAGUCUUUUUAUAACCAUUAUAUCCAUUAAAAAGAAUUAUGUGUAGUGGUUCCUUUGGCAAUAACAGUCUUUAGGGUCCAUCUUUUAAACAAGCAGUUGUAGGUUUUAGAUGGAAUUUGUAAUGACACUGGACUGCUCUUGAUUAUGCCCAAAGUCCAAGGCACCAUCUCUGUCCGUCUGUCUGAAACACACUAUCAAAGACAGUUUGAUGGAUCACUGUGACCGUGAGGCUGACGUCUGUGGUUUGGAGUGAAAAGCAGCGUUAAUUCCACAGAAAUUAAAACUGAUGCCAACA